AUGUUACUCCAAAAUUUGAAUACAGGAGCAUAUUUUUAUGCUGAUCAACAGUCGAUUGAAUACACAUCGACACGGCCAAACAAUGGUGGAACUGUAUUGUUGUUUCAAUUUGAAAGUAAUUCGACAGAAUUCAAUGGAACAUUGUCCUAUUUAAUGAAAGGAAUUACGUGGAAACCUAACUAUGAUCUUUUUUUGACAGACAAUACUGAGGUCAAACUUCGUGCUUAUGCAAAUAUCAAGAAUGAUCGACAACGAGAAUAUAAAGUAGAAAAUACUCAUCUGUUAGGUGGUGAUGUACAAUUAGUUACCAAUUAUCCAAACUUUAAUGAUAUGUCUCCUGGCAAUGGGGGAGAUGCAAGCUUCGAGCAAAUUCAAAAUGAUGGCGAAAACAAAGUUGAUUUAAUCAUUAACAACUUAACAUUAAAAACAUGUCUACCAGCUCGUACGUCUAUUUACAAUCAAACUGGUCAAAUACUUGUUGGUCAAAAUUUACAAAAUUAUUAUUGGAAAUUUCGUCUAAAUAGACAGCAUAGUACAGAUUUAUUCUUAGAUCAGCAGAGAAAACGACUUUAUGUAACAGAAAUUGAUCGUAUAAUUAUGUUUGAUAUCAAUUCUCUGGAACAAGGUUUUGUUAUUCUUGGAGAAAGUAGUAAUCGACUGCCAAAUUUGAAAGGGAUGCGCUCAUCCUUUAUCGAUUUCGAUGAUAACUUUAUUUGGUUUUGGUCAAAGCAAGCAAACGAAGGAACGAAACUUCUAAGUAGCAAAGGCGAUUGUUAUAGGUUUUAUGUCGAUAAAAAGAAGAAUAUUUACGUGACUGAAACUGAAAAUCAUCGCGUUGUGAAAUACUAUGCACCUGUCUACUCUAACUAUACAAUUGCAGCUGGUAACGGUAUACAAGGAUCUGAUCGCAGUCAGCUUAAUUUACCAUUUAGUAUUUAUCUAGACGAAGCAAAUUCUGACCUCUUUGUAGUUGAUCAGAAGAACAGACGAAUUCAGAAAUGGUCAUCCGAUGCUAAAGAAGGCGAAACAAUCGUUUCACACUUGUUUGCUAAAGCACGUAGUGUUGUACCCGAUUGUCAUGGAAACUUCAUUGUCUACAGUCGAAAUGAAGCAAAAUUAUAUAAUAGAUUUGAAAUAACCGGUUUCGACGGAAUUGAAAUAUUGAAUUCUUCUGUAAAAUUUGAAGCUAUGGCAUAUGAUGAAACAAACGGUGAUAUCUAUGUGUUGAAUAUAAAAAGAAAUAAUGUAAUAAAAUAUACAAUUGAACGUGAAGUAACGCUCUACAAUAAUACAAUCAGUUCAUUGGAUAAUGAAACUGACGUCACUCCUUGUGAAAUAGCAUCAGAUUCAACAUGGAUGCUUAUUGGUGAAGUAAUUCUAGGUAAUUCUGUGCUUGGUUGUGGUUCAGCUAAAGAACAACUAUGUUUGCCAACUCGACUAUUUAUCACUUCUGAUGAUAUUCUCUAUAUUCUUGAUUCUGGUAAUUUAAGAAUUCAAAAGUAUAAUAUUACUGAUCAGACUGUUAGUACAGCUAUUAAUCGUGGAUUGAUUUUUAAUCCACUAAGUAUUUAUGUUAGUGAAACACAUGAUAUCUAUGUCCUUGAUCGUCCUAAUAAAACAAAUUCAUUUGUCAAAGUUUGGUACAAUAACAACUACAAUAAACAUGGAACGAUUCUAAUACAUGCUAAUGAAAAUUUCCGUAAUUUCUACUUAGAUCAAGAUUUAAAUAUUUACAUCUUAACAAACAGUGAUAUUAGAAAAUGGUUUGCACCAAAUUAUUAUUAUUCAAUUGGAAUCAUAUCAUUUCUUAAUAAUAGAACGCCAUUUUAUAUUGACCAACAAUUUUCUCUCUAUAUUUAUGAUAUUCUACAACGAACUAUAAAUAAAUGGUCAGCAGGUAGUCUUUCAAGUAUGACAGUCUUUUCUGGACUACCAUAUACUUAUAAUUCUGAACAAUUGAUUUUUACAUUGGAUUGCAAUAAUAAUAUAUACUUUACUCAUAUUAACAAGCUAGAGAAAAUUUCAUCAUACGUUAUAUAUCGAUUGAAUCCAAAGAAAAAUAGUACAGAAAUUAUUGAUCGAAAUCUAACUUCAGUUGCUGGUGUACAAUUUGAUAGUUAUGGAAAUCUUUACGUGACUGAAAGAAAUAAACAUCAUGUGAAAAUGUUUGCAAUUAUGAACUAA